ACAUCUACCAUUAAUGUAUCAUUACAGGAUUAAUCCAUGUUAUUUUUCCAGCUGUCAGUAUUUAGUUGUAGCUAUCUCUGGGGUAAACUUUUCGAGUUCAACUCGGUGAAGCAGAGAGGUCAAGAAUAAUUACGUCACUGCUUGUUGGAGACAUCAUGAUCGCAUUUAAUGAUAAAUAUUAAUUGUUUUCUUCUUGGCGACCAAAGACUUUCAUUCUAGUAACGACAAUAAUCAAGAAAAGCCGACAAGUUCUCUUAACUCAGGAAAUUAUCAAAAAAAGCCAUCAUGUAUUGGAGAUCACUGGUUGCUCUCCUUGUCCUAACAGUUCUUUCACAAGCAUACACAAGACAUAUAAGUAAAAACCAAGUAGAAAAGAAGGCCAAAAAGCAAGGAGGGUCAUCCGAUGGUGCUUCAAAGGCAAACAAAAAAGCAGAGGAUGAAUUUCCAGAAGUUCCUGGAGCUAUGGAGGGAGGAUUUGGAGGCAUGAAUGGCCCCAUGGGCGGUAUGGGCGAAAUGGAAGGCAUGGGAGGCGGGUCACAGCCAGGGGCUAUGGGAUUUAGCGCUGGUACGACCUCCAUGGGACCCGGUGGCGGCGGGGCAAGCUUCGAGGGCAUGAACGGGAUGGCCCCUGGUCUGCCACCUAUGGCUACCAUGAUGGGGGGAUCCCCUCCGAUGGGGGGUAUGGGGCCCAUGGCACCAGAAGGCGGGCCAAGUGAAGGAGGUCUCAUGCAGAAACAAUUCAUAGAGGGUGGUGAAGGAGGUAUGGGCGGUGGCAUGUCGAUGGGAGGCGGUAUGGGCGGUGGCAUGUCGAUGGGAGGCAUGGGCGGCGGCAUGGGUGGUAUGAUGGGUGGAGGGUCCAUGGGCGGUGGCAUGAUGUCCAUGGCCGGUGGCGGUAUGGGUGGCGGCAUGGGUGGCGGUAUGGGUGGAGGCAUGGAGGGAGGUAUGGGUGGAGGUAUGAUGGAAGGUAUGCAAGGAAUGGGUAGCAUGGGAGGAGGAAUGAUGGGAGGUGGAAUGGGAGGAGGUAUGGGUUUCAACGGCAUGGAAGAAGGCGGCAAAGAAGGUGGGAUGGGCGGCGGUAUGUUACAGAUGGGGGACAGUAAUGGCGGCGGCAUGAGCGAGAUGGGCAACAUGGGGAACAGUAUGAUGAACAUGUUUUCACAGCCCAUGAGUAACACCGAGCAGGGGGGCAUGAAGAGGCAGAAACUCAGCAAAAUCCACAAAGUCAAAAACAACAAGCAUUGAAGAAGGAGUACAACAUUAUUGGCCCUUCAAAUGCGACGAUGAUUCUAGACCAAUGAUAUUCAGCCAUAGACACAUGCCCUUCGAUGUCCAAUCAUGAUUCUGGACCAAUGAUAUUCAGCCAUAGACAUACGCGGUUCGAGAUCCAAUCAUGAUUCUGGAUCGAUGAAAUUGAAAUUCAACGAUAAUUCUGGACCAAUGAUAUUUAGCAAUAGACAUACACGCGCUUUCAGGAUCCAAACAUGAUUUUGUGUCAGUCAUAUUCAAACGUAAGCAUGUGGGAAAUUUUGCGGUCUCGUGUACUUCAGUUUGACGAAGACAAAAAAGGAUUAUACGCCAGCAUUUUCAUCCUCAUCCAAAUCGUUAAAGAGAGUGAAUGUAUAGCAUUCCGAACUUUGUUUAUCGAUAUCACAUUCUGUAGUUAUGAUUUGUGAUAUUGCAACAGCACGCCAUUCUAGGCAGAUGUUGACAGUGCAAAAAGAUCUUCCAUGAAGACAGAGUUAUUAUGUUUGAAUUUGUAAAAUGAAAACUUAAUAAAACUUUGGCGGUA